AUGGAAUACAAAAGAUCGUUUGUCCUUUCUUCAUUGCUGAUUUUAGCAUCGACCCUCUCUCAUCUGCAGAGGACAAAUGGCGAUAUUACAUAUGCUAUUCCAGAGGAGACGAAGAAUGGAUAUAUAAUCGGAAACUUAGCGAAGGAUCUCGGAAUAUCUGCGAAAACACUCUCGGCACGUAAAGCGCGAUUGGAUAUGGAUGAUGCAAGCAUGCGUUACUGCGAUAUAAAAGCCAAUACUGGCGAACUGAUUGUGGCACAGAGAAUAGACAGAGAAGCUCUAUGUGGACCUAAGACGAUUUGUGUACUUAAAUAUGAAAUUGUCCUUGAAAACCCUCUAGAACUGAAUCAUGUUGUUGUUGAGAUCAUGGAUAUAAAUGAUAAUUCACCCAUCUUCGCAAAUGGCGUUAUUGAACUCGAGAUACGUGAAUCAACUGAUAAAGGCACACGGUUUCCGAUAAACGAAGCACACGAUGCAGAUAUCGGACUAAACGGUGUUCAGAGGUACAACUUACAAGAAAAUGACCAUUUUUCCUUCGUUUUACACAAGAAACCAGGUGAAGGAAAGUAUGGUGAGUUGCUGUUAGACAGAGAACUAGACCGUGAAAAGCAGCAAGAGCUGACAUUGUUACUCACCGCAAUUGAUGGUGGGACGCCACAAAGAUCUGGCACAGUAGUUAUACACGUCAAAGUCCUGGAUGCUAAUGACAAUGCUCCAGUGUUCAGUCAAAAUGUGUAUAAAAUCAGACUACCAGAAAAUUCUCCUUUUGGUACACUGGUGCUAACGGUGAGCGCUACGGAUGCAGAUGAAGGAGUGAAUGGUGAGGUGACGUACGAAUUUGGGCAUAUAUCUCGCGAUGUGUCAAAAUUAUUCACUUUGGACUCUAAAACGGGAAAUGUUGUUCUAAAUGGUACUUUGGAUUUUGAAAGAGAGCCAUCGUAUGAAUUGGGGAUUAAAGCAAAAGACGGUUUAGGGCUUGCCUCUUUUGCGAACGUUAUUAUUGAAAUUGUUGAUGUGAAUGACAAUGCGCCAGUGAUCCACUUGAAAUCAUUGAACAGCCCUAUUCCUGAAAAUGCAUUACCUGGAACAGAAGUGGCCAUCAUCAACGUGCAGGACAAAGAUUCUGACGGAAACCAGCAGAUUCGCUGCUCUAUUCAUGGAAACGUUCCUUUUAAACUAAAUUCCUCAGUAAAAAAUUAUUACUCUCUUGUCACGACAAGUGAGCUUGACCGUGAACUUGUAUCGGAAUACAACAUAACAAUCACAGCUACAGAUGUGGGCACUCCACCGUUAUCUUCCUUCAAGACUUUUCACAUAUCUGUGUCAGACGUUAAUGACAACCCACCUGUAUUCAAGGAGCAAUACUACAGCGCCUAUGUACCUGAAAAUAACAAACCAGGCCUCUCUAUUUGUACAGUUAACGCGAGAGAUCCUGACUGGAGACAGAACGGUACAGUGUUCUAUUCUCUGUCGCCUCGUGAGGUUCAUGGUGUACAAGUGUCUUCUUUUUUAUCCAUUAAUGGUGAAACAGGAGUAAUCCAUGCUGUUCGCUCCUUCGAUUAUGAGAGGUUUAGAAGUUUUCAAUUCCAUGUUAUAGCCAGAGACAACGGUUCUCCUCCACUCAGCAGCAACGUGACUGUCAGCGUAUUCAUAACCGACGAGAAUGACAACGCACCUCAGAUAUUAUAUCCUUCUCCGGACGGAAACUCUUACAUGACUGAGAUGGUCCCCAAGUCCGCGCUCUCUGGCUCUCUGGUCUCCAAGGUUAUAGCUGUGGACGCUGACUCUGGACAGAAUGCCUGGUUAUCUUAUCACAUCGUGAAAUCCACUGAUCCUGGUCUUUUCACCAUUGGCCUUCAUAGCGGAGAAAUUAGGACACAGCGAGAUAUUGCCGAGUCAGACAACAUGAAGCAGAAUCUUAUUGUCUCAGUGAAAGAUAAUGGGAAGCCCUCUCUUUCUACAACCUGUGCCUUAUAUUUAGUUCUUUCGGACAACAUGUCGGAAAUUUCAGAACUGAAAGACAUGACUCAUAACGAAGACACUUCCAAACUAACAUUUUAUUUGAUCAUUUCUCUGGUCUCUGUCUCCACAUUUUUCUUGACUUUUAUUAUUCUCGUCCUAGCCGUUAAGUUCUGUCAAAGGAACAAACCCAGACUUUUGUUUGAUGCUGCAGUUGCCAUUCCAAGCACUCACUUCCCUCCCAACUAUGCCGAGGUGGACGGAGCAGGAACUUUACGUAGUUCUUACAAUUAUGACACCUACUUGACAACGGGUUCACGCACAAGUGACUUCAAGUUCGUAACGUGUUACAAUGAGAACUCGCUUCCAAUUGUCUCGACACUCAGAAAGGGAAACGAAGGUGAUGUUCAUUGCUCCUUGAUGGAUUUACGCGAUUCGGAGGAGAUCUUGCACCCAGCACCGGAGGAAAACUCCAUCAUGACAGAGGUUGUCCCCAAAGGGACUCUCUCGGGUUCUCUGGUUUCCAAAGUGAUUGCCAUGGAUGCUGAUUACGGACAGAACGCAUGA